GGAAGGCUGCGAGGCCACCGGUGGCUGGAAAAAAAAAGAGCAGAGAGAGAAAGGACGGCGGCUGAGCAGGCGAGGAGCCGCACCGGCGAGGGCGGGAGCGAGCGAGCGAGUUGCGCGCGCACCCAGGUCCCGAGAUGGCGACCGUGCUGUAUCCGCGCGAGGAGAAGCUGGAGAAGAUGAGCCAGGAUGAGAUCGUGCUGGGCACCAAGGCGGUGGUGCAGGGCCUGGAGACGCUGCGCUCGGAGCACCGCUCCCUGCUGGCCGCUCUGCUCGAGACGGUCAACCGCCUGGAGCAGCAGCCGGAAACCACCGCCACCGUCGCGCAGGAGAAGGCGAACGUCCUGCGGAAGUCCCUGGAAGCCAUCGAGCUGGGCCUGGGAGAAGCUCAGGUGAUCAUUGCCCUCUCCAGCCACCUGAGCGCGGUGGAGUCGGAGAAGCAGAAGCUGCGGGCCCAGGUGCGCCGCCUGGUCCAGGAGAACCAGUGGCUGAGGGACGAGCUGGCCGGCACCCAGCAGAAGCUGCAGCGCAGCGAGCAGUCGGUGGCUCAGCUGGAGGAGGAGAAGAAGCACCUGGAGUUCAUGAACCAGAUCAAGAAGUUUGAUGAGGACGUUUCUCCGUCGGACGAAAAGAGCGGAGACCCAAACAGAGAGACUUUAGAUGACAUUUUCCCCAACGACGAUGACCAGGGACAAGGGCAGGCCCACAACCGUGGAGACGCGGCAGCGCAGCACGGCGGUUACGAGAUCCCGGCACGCCUCCAGACGCUCCACAACCUGGUGAUCCAGUACGCCGCCCAGGGGCGCUACGAGGUGGCCGUGCCGCUGUGCAAACAGGCCUUGGAGGACCUCGAGAAAACCUCCGGCCACGAUCACCCCGACGUGGCCACCAUGCUGAACAUUCUCGCUUUGGUGUACAGGGACCAAAAUAAGUAUAAAGAAGCCGCUCACCUCCUCAACGACGCUUUGGCCAUCCGGGAGAAGACCCUGGGGAAGGACCAUUGCGCGGUAGCCGCCACCCUCAACAAUCUGGCCGUGCUGUACGGGAAGCGGGGGAAGUACAAGGAGGCAGAGCCCCUGUGCAAGAGAGCCCUGGAGAUCCGAGAGAAGGUGUUGGGGAAGUACCACCCGGAUGUCGCCAAGCAGCUGAACAACUUGGCCCUCCUGUGCCAGAACCAGGGCAAGUACGAGGAGGUGCAGGACUACUACCGGCGCGCCGUGGAGAUCUACGAGUCCUGCGUUGGGCCGGAUUACCCCAGCGUGGCCAAGACCAAAAACAACCUGGCUUCUUGCUACCUCAAGCAAGGGAAAUACAAGGAGGCUGAAGCUCUUUACAAGGAGAUCCUGACCCGGGCGCACGAGAGAGAAUUCGGCUCGGUCAAUGGAGAGAAUAAACCAAUCUGGAUGCACGCCGAAGAGCGAGAAGAGAGCAAGGAUCAGCGCAAGGAGAAGGAUAGUGCCCCCUAUCGGGAGUACGGGAGCUGGUAUAAAGCCUGCAAGGUGGACAGCCCUACGGUCAACACCACGCUAAAAAGCUUGGGGGCUCUUUACCGACGCCAAGGCAAGCUGGAGGCGGCGGAGGCCCUGGAGGCGUGCGCCCAGAAAACCCGCAAACAGGGCAUGGACGCCAUCGUCCAGGGCAAAGUAGUGGAACUGCUGAAGGACGGGAACCGUCCAGAGCCCCAGCCCAAUCGGGAGGGGACGCCCGGCACGAAGAAGUGCGAGAACGGGACUGAGCCGGAGGACGGAGCUGCAGAGUGGUCCGGGGUGGGCUCCGGAGUCUUGCGGCGCAGCGCCUCCUUCGGGAAACUGCGCGACGCCUUGCGACGCAGCAGCGAGGUGCUGGUGAAGAAGCUGCAAGGGAGCAGUCCUCAGGAACCCCGGAACGCCGGGAUGAAGCGAGCCAGUUCUCUCAACUUCCUGAACAAGAGCGUCGAAGAAGAGACCGGCCAGGUAUCCAGUAGUCUCUCGGAGAGCCGGGGCCUCAGCGCCAGCAACGUCGACCUGUCGCGGCGUAGUUCCCUGCUGGCAUGAACGGAAGCUCCUCGGCUGGGUUUGGACCCCCCCGAAGACGGGCGCCGGGGCCGGGCCAUCUCGCCUUCUCCGCGCAGCUGCUCUUGCCUGUGAACACUUGCUUUCCGUGGGGCGCUGGGAAAGGCCCCCAACCCCGGCCGGCAUCCUCACACACCCUUGCCUUGUGGAAGGGGGUAGACCUUUCCUCACUUUGCUCACAUGUACGGCGCACACACACAAAUUCACACAAAUUCACACGUCUUCCACUCGUCGCCGGAUUCUGUCGCUUAUCUUCAUCAUGGUUGUUCGGACAAGACACUCAGCAUAUUGUCUUUUGCCCCCCCCGGGGAGGUUUUUCCCCUGGUAUGGAAAAAAAGGGGGAGGAGGCUGCCCCCGAAUCGGCCGAACCCUUCUUUGGGGGGGGGCACCGAGGUUUCACGACCAUUGUGCAAAGCCGGGGAUCGUGAUUCUGGGGUGGAGGGCAGAAACCUGGCCACACUUUUAUCCCGGGUGGGGUUGAAUUAAAAUAAAAUCAGUAUCAUGGAAGGAAAGGGACAGCUUUAAAAAGGUUCAGAGACGGCUUCUUUGCAAAGAGAGAGAUUGUUCGAAGCGAUGCAGGGCAACCCCAUGGAAAGAGAACUACAAUUCCCAUGCUUCCUUGUCGCAGCUGGCGCUGUUCUCUAUUUUUGACUCUGCUUAAUUGUGUGGUUUUUUUAUUCUGGACUCAGGAAGACCCUGUUAAAAUUCUGAUUUCUUCUCAUCCUACGUGCUUGUUCCC